CUAAACCUACACAUGCCGCUUCCGUAAACGUGACAAAGGUAAUCGUUAGGAAACGCAGAUAUGGCGAUGCCAUCCGUCCAUUUCAUUUGUGCUUUGAAACGUACACAAGAAUAAGCUUCAUUAAUGCCAAGGAAAGAGUAUGAGGACGAGGGAGGAGGAGAUCCCACUCCAUCCCCUCGUACACAAGGCAUUUGCUGAGUCCGCAGUGGAAAAGGCGAUCCAUUUCGUGGUAAAGGUGCCAACUUGCCGAUUUCAACUGGAGAAAAUGGAAUGAGCAGUGGAAGGGAAAGGUGGUGGGGCUGCAGCUAACAGCAAUUGAUCACAGACAAUAAAAAACGGGCAUUGACACAGAGGCCAAUUGGUUGACGUAACGGACCCGAAUAGCUCUACUGUGCAAUCCGGCUUCCUUUUGUCCGUGCGCAGCAGCAGCGGUCUUCGGGCAACGAGGGUGCAGGGCACCGCCCCACCGUCCCCAAUUAGGUACCUUAAUUCAACUAAACUAACUAAUACUUUUCAAGAUGGGGGGAAGUUCUUCCUUAGUCUGGGCUCUUCAGAGCGUGGAUAUACUAGACAACAUGUUCCCACAAUAGGGACACAAUUUCAGAGGCAGCAAAGAUUUCUAGGGGAAUCAAUGUUUCUUGUUGUCCAACCCAAAGUGGAAAGAUUCAGUUCCAGAAGGAAAGAUCCGCGUGUUUCUGCUUCAUGGCUUGCAAAUUCUCAAAUUGCCAGUGGAGUUUUUACUGUUGGAACUGCUGCUGUUCUUCCAUUUUAUGCUCUGAUGGUGCUAGCUCCCAAAGCUGACCUGACCAAGAGAUCAAUGGAAAGCAACAUGCCGUACAUAUUGCUUGGAGCUCUUUAUGGAUUUCUUCUUUACCUUUCUUGGACACCUGACACUAUACGGAUGAUGUUCGCUAGUAAAUACUGGUUGCCGGAGCUGUCUAGUAUAGCACAGAUGUUCAAGAGCGAGAUGACUUUAGCUUCUGCCUGGAUUCACUUGUUGGCGGUUGAUCUCUUUGCUGCAAGGCAUGUAUUUCACGACGGUCAGAAAGAUGAGAUCGAGACACGGCAUUCUAUAUCACUAUGCCUGCUCUUCUGCCCUAUUGGGAUCAUGUCUCAUGCAAUCACGAAAGCAAUUACUAGAGGAAACUCUAGCACAAAAUAAGAGAAGCAUUAUUGCCUCCCUCGAUUUGUCUUCUGAGCAUUCUUGUAGUUGAUGAAAAAUAUGUAGAUAACUUGAGAGAUCACUGCACAACUGUUCUUAAUUAUAUGAAUGAAUCUCUCUAUAUUAGCUCUUUGAUCA